CUCCCUCCUGCAGGGGCGCUGUGGCGCGGCGUCUGACAGCAGCUUGGUGGUGUUGGAGUAAAACCACAAACUCCACCUUCCCGGUGACAGGCGGCAACACUGAAGCGCUGCCUCGCCUCUUUCCAGACAAUCUGCGCUCAGGACUUACUAUUCAAGCCAUAAAGGAGGUGAGCAUCUCUUUAAGGAUUCCACCGCUGCUCCUUGAGAAUUCCGACUGGCUGCUGCUUGAUUAACUGCAGCCCGUGAAGCACUGAGACCCACUCUAGGAUUCUGGGAUCAUCCUCUCCACACACUGGGCUCUUGGAGCACACCUCCCUCCUCCCAGACUCUGACCAACUCUUUACUGAGGAAAGUGUGAACAAUGUGACCGCUGGAUUCAGUCAGAGCCAUGUGAUCUGCUAAUAUGGAUGUCCGAACCACCACACACUGAAUCAACACUCAUCCAGUCACAAUGGUUCCCCUUCUGUUUUUGAUGACAACCACAUCAGCUUCCAAUAACUCCAGCAAUGAGACCCAAGCAAAAGAAAAUGCCUCCCACCCCAACCAUCAUAUCCUUUCCACUGUGCUGGUUGUACUCCUGCUGCUGCUCGUCAUCACACUGCUGGUCUGGUACUUCCUCAGGUUAAAAAACCAGAGAAAAGCAGUCGUCACAACAGUUGACAAGAAAAUACCAAAUGGCAUCCUGGAAGAACAAGAGCUUGGCUACAGUACCGAGUCGGUAUACACCGUUGUACCACCAGAGCAACAGACGGUGGUCCUUCUGCCCAGAUCCCCUUCAGCCUCUAAGACCUACUUUCCCAUCCCGGUUGAUCACCUCGAGGAAGAGUACCGGCUCCGCUCAGCUGAUGAUGGCAAGCUCUUCAGGGAGGAGUACAAUUCGCUGCCCGGAGGCACUCCUCAGGGGACGUACGAAGAGGCCAACAAAGAUGAGAACAAGGAGAAGAACAGAUACCCCAACAUCCUGCCCUAUGACCAUUCCAGGGUGGUUUUAUCUCAGCUGGAUGGAAAGCCGUGCUCAGACUAUGUGAACGCUUCUUACAUUGAUGGUUACACAGAAAAGAACAAAUUCAUUGGUGCACAAGGUCCAAAAGAAGACACAGUUGCAGAUUUCUGGAGGAUGAUAUGGGAGCAGAAAGUAGCAACUGUUGUAAUGCUGACAAAUCUGAAAGAAAGGAAAGAGGACAAGUGUUACCAGUACUGGCCAGACCAGGGCUGUUGGACGUAUGGCAACGUGCGGGUGGCAGUCGAAGACUUCACAGUCCUGGUGGACUACACAAUACGCAAGUUCUGCAUACAGUAUCAAGCCAGCGAUGCUGCUAAAACCACCCGCUUGGUCACUCAGCUUCAUUUCACCAGCUGGCCUGAUUUUGGAGUUCCUUUCUCUCCGAUUGGCAUGCUCAAGUUCCUGAAAAAGGUCAAAGCAGUAAAUCCACCUUUUGCUGGACCUAUUGUGGUCCACUGCAGUGCUGGAGUUGGGAGGACUGGAACCUUUAUUGUAAUUGAUGCCAUGAUCGACAUGAUGCAUGCAGAGCAAAAAGUUGAUGUGUUUGGCUUCGUCUCCAAGAUACGAGAGCAGCGUUCCCAGCUCAUCCAGACUGAUAUGCAGUACUCAUUCAUCUACCAGGCCCUGCUUGAAUACUACCUCUAUGGAGACACCGAGCUGGAUGUGUCCUCCCUGGAAGGACAUCUGCACAAGCUGCACAACACCUUUGCUGAUGGUGAUCGGGUGGGACUGGAGGAAGAAUUUAAGAAACUGACCAACAUGCGAAUAAUGAAGGAGAACAUGAGGACUGGGAACCUCCCUGCCAACAUGAAGAAGAACAGAGUUCUUCAAAUUAUUCCAUAUGACUUCAACAGAGUCAUUCUUUCCAUGCGAAGAGGACAGGAGUUCACAGACUAUGUCAAUGCAACAUUUAUAGAUGGUUACAGACAGAAGGACUACUUCAUCGCCACACAGGGCCCUCUGACUCACACGGUGGAGGAUUUCUGGAGGAUGGUUUGGGAAUGGAAAUGUCAUUCCAUUGUAAUGCUCACCGAACUCCAGGAGAGGGAGCAGGACAAAUGUUGCCAGUACUGGCCCACAGAGGACUCUGUCACCUAUGGAGACUACACUGUAGAGCUGAAGGGAGACACUCUGUGUGAAACCUUCAGUCUAAGAGACUUGGUACUCACCUUUGUUCCGGAGAAGCAGACCAGGGCGAUUAGACACUUCCAUUUCCAUGGCUGGCCAGAGGUUGGCAUCCCAGCGGAGGGGAAGGGUAUGAUUGACAUCAUUGCUUCAGUGCAGAGACAGCAGCAGCAGUCUGGGAACCAUCCCAUAGUCGUACACUGCAGUGCUGGUGCAGGGCGAACCGGUACAUUCAUAGCACUGAGCAAUAUUCUGGAGCGAGUCAAAGCAGAAGGCUUGCUGGACGUGUUCCAAACUGUGAAGAGUUUACGCAUGCAGAGGCCUCAUAUGGUCCAAACUGUUGAACAAUAUGACUUCUGCUAUAGGGUGGUACAAGACUUUGUCGACAUUUUCUCAGACUAUGCCAAUUUUAAAUGAGACUUGCCUUAAACAUGAUUUAUAAUGUUUUCUAAAACAACUUUGUCAGGUUUGUGUUUCCUUAACUUGGUCAAAUGGUCUUCUAUUUUGCUAUGCACUUGUCCUUACCAUUAACCCGGGUUCUUUUCUUGCUGUUAGAUACGGAUGAAACCUGUAAAUGGAGAAAAAAAAGGAUUAUUGUAUAUUUCACAACAUGUAUGGCAAUUAAUUCCAUUCUCAUUAAGUGUGGCACAAAAAGUCACCUCUGAUUUCAGCUUUGUUGUAUAAUAUUUUUAUAGCAGUUUAAAUGUCUAUGCAUAUGUUAUUUUGAACUCAUGACAUUUUUUAAAAAUUGUAGUUAUUGUAAAUGUAUUUAUGUAUUGACAUCCUGUCUUGUGUUUAGAGAAGAUAUUAAUCUUAAUUUUUUUAUUUUUGGUUGGUAAUGACAAUAACUUCUGAGAUUAGAAGACGUACUGGAGCUUUUUUAUUUAUAUAUUUUUUGGCUGUCCUUAAAGCUGCAAUAGCAAUUAUGGAAAACAAAUUAGCUUAAAACAUUUUUCUCAUACCUUUUAACAGCAAUCUAACAUAUAAUAGCUAUAAAUAAAUUGGUACUCUUGCAUUUGUCUAAAAACCUCCACCUAAAGACCAAAAGCAGCUAUUGGACCAAACAGUUGUCGGUCUUGCCGAACCGUUGCACUUCCCUGGAUCCUCCACUCAUUACAUCCUUGUGUAUUUAGCAACAGAACACCACUGGUGUGAGAGGUUGUCCUCUCAAUAAUAUCAGAGGAGGAGAAACAGCCAGCUGCUACCACUUCAACUUUGGGACAAACUACCAGUCCCAAAAAGAAAAACACCAUUUGAAGUCACGGACAACAAAGAUGUUCAGACCUAGAAAAUGGUUACUGGUGUUCAGUGCUAUCUCGGGUCAUCAGGCAAUGUGGGUUUCUGGUUCCGGCAGAAGCUUCUCAGUGAAGAUUCGAGUGCAAGGGGGAGUGUUCCGUGACCACAUUUGUGUUCAAAAUCUAGUUUGUUUGCAGAUUUGCCAUUACAGCUUUAAGGAAAAAACCCAUCUAAGGUGUUAAAGAUUGUCUAACAGCAAAGACUAAGGUCUGCUCUAUACCACAAAAAUGGAACAGAUAAACAGAAAUUAUACCUCAAAAGAUGGUGUGCAAGAGCAUUUAACUUUGAUGUAACGUUACUACGUUUUAGCCUUUCAACAGCAAAAAAUAGUUUGCUAAGAUCAAUGCACAUUAAAAAAGCACGUAACUAAGUCUUUUUAGACCAGUAACACAGAACAAAACGUUUGUUGCUUCAUUUGUAUUAUAGAUUGAGUUUUGAGAAAUGAGUGCCAUAUGUGCUUUUAAUUAAAAAGAACAACCCUACGGUAAGGGAAGACUUAGGGGAGUUGGCUCUAAAUUCAGUAUGGCUGCUAAACGUUGCUCAGUACAAUUUUAGUACACAAAGUCAAAGCACAGGAAAUGUAAUACAUGCAAGUCCAGAGUCACAGUACAAAAAUGUGGUGCAGAAUGUUAAUACCGGUGCAUUGUGCAUUCCCCCGAAGUGUUAACUCUUCCCAUCUGGUACUUCAACAUUUUUAACUGUAUGUAAAUACUAGAUAACAAAGUGCUAAUAUUGUGCAAGUUGCUAAGCAGCAAGGAUCUGUGAAGUGAAGUGGUCAUAUUUGGUGUGCUACAUGCAUGUGUCUGUGGGAGAUGUGAGGUGCAGCACAAGAUGAAACAGACUGAACAAAACCUGAGUAUUUUCCUGUGGCUUGUAUUCUGUCCAAGUUGUCAUUUAAACAACAUUGUGGAGGGCCUGUUUAAACUUGAUCUAUUUGCCUUAGCUCUCUGUUGGUGGUCUAGCCUGACUGUCAGUGUCUUUAAAAUGCAAGUUGCAAUAUUAAAUUGAUCUAAAAGGC